AUGCAUCUCUUUGCCAAAAGCGACCCUAUUAUUGCUGCCCUCAUUGACACUUUUGCCUUGCCUACAUUACUAGACAGCCCAACUCAAGUCGGUCCCCUGGCAUUCAUCGACAACUUCAUCUUUUCCAGUGCUCGAACUGAUUUCCUCAAAGGCCUUGCUAAAUGUGUUUCUGGCUUAGCUGCACUUGGCCGCUCAAAGAUUUCAAUCCCAGUACAGUUUCAUGAAGCCUUCUCUUCUUCUCCACAUUGUUUUUCUUUGUGCUUGUCAGCAGGGUCGAAAUCAAAGCCUGGGGUGGCAUUUUUUGGCUCUAAAGGGCCUUAUAUUUUCUUGCCUGGAUCAAUUGACCUCUCGAAAUCGCUUCUUUAUACUCCACUCCUUUUGAAUCCAGUGGUGGCCUUAAAUCAAGCUCUUCUAGCCAUUGAUGGCGAGAAUGGUUCUGGGGGGACCAAGAUCAGCACUGUUGUGCCAUAUAUAAAGCUAGAGACUUCUAUUUACGAGGCUUUUAUUGGAGCAUUCUUGAAGGAAGCUUCCUCUGCUUUCCAUCUUUACUGCUACGACAAAGCAUUUUAA